AUGGUGACGUCCGACACAUCAACUCCCGACACUACAUUGCGUCGACGAGCAGGCAAUGCCGACACUGCUCCUACUGCGCCCUCUUCUUCUUCUUCUUCUUCUUCAGCGAUAACAACAGGAGCGACGAAUGAAGGAACAGGAACUUCAACAGCAACUUCAACUACUCGAGCUGGCCCUCCCUCGUCCUCAACUUCAGCAGUGGACGAAACCACCUCAAUAACAACACAGCAGGACGAGAAACCGGUCUACGAGGGCAAGGUCUACUACAACGGACAGCUGUACGAGGGAACAGGACGGUUACCCCGAGACGCGCCCUUCACCCCAUCCUAUGUCAAUACCUACACAGUCAAUUCCGCCAUCGCUUUUGUAUCGCUCGUGGUUACCAUAACCUUCUUCUAUUUCAAGAUUGUGGCUGGACUACUCGAGUCCCCGCAAGUCGGACCCGACCGCGAGUUCCUGGCAUCGAUGGUGAUGGAUCAUCAUGGACCCAUUGACGGUAGUGAGCCUCGACCGUUCCUGAAGCCGAUCUGCCCCUCGCCUGAAGCGUUGUUGGAUCAGCAGCGGCAGAGAAGUGGUAGUAGUGGACAGGGAGGAGUGGGGAAUGACGAUUGUGUGUUGUUUGGGAAGAUUGUUGUGCUAGCGGAUUCGAUCUCAAAGUACGGAUACACUCAUGCGACUCAUGGCUGGCUUGGGUUCUUGGCGGACGAGUGGGCGGGUCGUGCUGACGUUGUUCUUCGAGGAUUUCCAGAGUACAACACCCAUUGGGUCAAAUCGAUCUUUCCUGAAAUCCUCCACCAAGAGUCCCCCUCUGUCGUCCUUGCAGGCAGCAACGGAGCUUCUACAGGCACCACCAUAGGAGCCAUCAAACUGGUGGUCAUUGCUCUGGGCACCGACGACGCGUCGUUCCCCAACACGCGUCAUCACGUCUCCCUGUCGGCCUACAAGGACAACCUCCGCACACUCAUCAACACCAUCCGCUUUCCCGACUCUCCCAACUACUCGCCCGAUACCCAAAUCAUCCUGGUCACCCCCGCACCUGUCGACACCGAGAUGUGGGCCGCAUCCCUUGCAGCCAUCAACUUGCCACUAGACCGGUCCAAUAAUAUCACAGAGGAGUACGCACAUGCCUGUGUCGAGGUUGGAGAAGAGCUCCAUGUCCCUGUGGUCGAUCUGUGGUCCGAUAUCGAUUGUCAAGUCCAGGGGACGUGUGAUCUUCACGAGUCUAACCGUCUGCCAGAUUUCCUGAUGGAUGGCUUGCACCUGAAGCGACUUGGGAAUGAGGUCCUGUACAAGGGGAUCUUGAACGCGGUCGCGCAUCAUUAUCCGCAUCUCCAUCCAACCUGCUGGCCUAGUGUUUAUCCUGGCUACACCGAGUCCUCGAGUCCCAACGAGUAUGCGCUCAAGCGACCAUGUGUUAGCAGGCACUGA